GGCCCACUAAGAAGGGGCAAUUUGGUCUUUCAAAGAAUGAGGAAUUGGGACGAUAAUCAUAAUCCCCAGCACUCUCACUGUCUUCUUCGGUCUAAAACUUAGAACCAUUCUCCGCGGGCUCAGGGUUUAAGGACAAAUUUCUCUUCUCUAAAACCCUAAAAUUAUGCCCUCUCAAUCCUUCUCUCGUGGCCUUACCUCCCCACUUCUCGGAUUACAAGAUGCCCGUUCUCGUUUUCAUCAAAUGCAAUUGGGAAACCCAGUUUCGCCAAGGAGACCACGAGUGCAGCUUGAAUUCUCAUCCAAGUGUAAUGUGUUGAAGAGGAAGAGAUGGGCGUUCGUGUGUGUGGCUAAUUCUAACAAAAGCCCUCAGCUGGAAUCAUCUGGAGAGGAAAAUCAUGUUCUGUAUGUUAGUAGAUUGAAUGGAGUGGAGCCCUUUCAUGGGAAAUGUGGUUCUGUCUCAUUUCAUGGUCUGUCUCACCAGUUGGUAGAAGAGGGUAAAUUGAUGUCAUCUCCUUUUAGAGAAGAAAAGGGCUCUAUCCUUUGGGUACUGGCUCCUGCUGCGUUUAUCUCUUCUUUGAUUCUGCCUCAAGUUUUCCUUGGCGGUCUAAUUGAGGCUUUCUUCAAGAAUGGAAUUCUCGUAGAAAUUGUGAGUUCAUUGGUGUUUGAAGUCUUGUUUUAUGUUGGAGUCGCGACAUUCCUGCUCGUUACAGAUCGUGUUCAAAGACCAUACUUACAAUUCAGCUCGAAGAGAUGGAGCCUCAUUACAGGCCUUAGAGGAUACUUGUCAACAGCUUUCUUCAUUGCUGGCUUUAAGGUUGUAGCUCCACUAUUUGCUGUCUAUGUAACUUGGCCGAUGAUUGGGCUGCCUGCGCUUGUUGCAGUGUUCCCUUUUCUGGUUGGUUGUAUCGUUCAGUUAGCAUUUGAAACCCAUCUUGAUAGGCGUGGCUCCGCUUCUUGGCCACUUGUUCCAAUCAUUUUUGAGGUAUAUAGGCUUUACCAGUUGACGAAAGCUGCCCAUUUUAUGGAGAGCUUGAUGUUCCAAAUGAGAGGGCUUCCGACGUCUCCAGAGUUGUUGGAAAAAAGUGGAGCUCUUUUCGCUAUGAUGAUAACCUUUCAAAUCUUAGGGGUGGUAUGUCUCUGGUCGUUGAUGACUUUCCUUUUGAGGCUUUUUCCUUCCAGACCCGUGGCAGAGAAUUACUAGUGUUAACUUGUUACAUUGUGUACAUUUUGUUACAAGUAGUUGUUGAACGUUUAUCAUAAUUUGUUGUUCAAUGAGCUCCAUAUUGUUGUAUCCCCAUCAAUUGAUAUCGACAACCUUUCUGAUCUCAAGCUGAAGGAAAGAUAGGACUUGACGUCCUGUUUCACA